AUGGGUGGCGUGCUCAGCUGUAUCCAGUCCAUAUUCCGGACAAUUGGCGAUGCCAUCAUGGCCGUUAUUAGGGGCAUUGGUGGAAUCAUCGUUGCUAUUGUGAACGCAAUCGUCUCAUUCUGCGGAAUCAUCGUCUCCUUCUUGACCUGCGGAUACUGUGGACGACGGAGAGGAGGCGCUGCUCAUCAUAGGUCGAGAGGAGUGAGGAGAAGUCAUGUGUAG